AGUUUUGGUGCAGACUUUUGAAGAUUUCUCUCUUCUUUGUAUGCUUUUGAUUGUAAAUCAAAAUUAUACUACUGUAUGCUUCUUAAAAAAAGUUAGAUUAAGAAUUGUAUAGGUUUCGAGGAUUAAAUUAAACAAACUAAUCAUGUAUUUAUUUCAGCUAAAGCUGAAGAUUGCUUGUAAAUUAACUUCAAAGGCCUCAUCAAAAGGUUUGCUUCAUGUAAGUUGAGACUUUCCUUUCACAUCUUUUCUUUCCUUCUCAUUAAUAUACAUUUUCUUCUCUUUCUCCUCAAUGUUACUUAUCGUUAAGGCACUAACAACAUUACUUACCCUCACGAUUGACCAUACGUGUGUGGCUUCAUAAUAUAACCAUUACGCUACAUCAUUAUCUCUACACAUUUCUCUCUUCUAUAUUAAUACACAUUGGUCACAAAUCCCAUCAUCAAAACAUAGAAAUCUCACAAGAAAACAAAUAGAAAUUUUUUUUUGAUUGUAACUGAAAAACAAAUGGAAGGUCUGAUUCCAUUCUUGUACAAGGCCAUUGUUAUGUAUAAAAUAGAAAGAAGCCUAUCGUCCGUUUUGUUCAGCGACCAUGACUCUCCUCCGCUGAUUUUGGACCUUCGCCUCUCAGGCGAUUCGGAUCAGAACGUACGUCAUGAUAUGUUCGAAAGAAAGUUGUCUCGCAAUAGCUAGGGACAUCACCAUGUUUCUGCGUAGGGACUAUGAUGAAUGAUUGAUGCGUAUAUCUAUUGGUCUACAUGUGAUUGUGUGGUAAUUGUAUAUUGACUAUUAUUAUAUUUGCAAGUAAUGUUAUUAUAAUUGCAACUCUCAUGAUACCAAACAUUUUCGUUAAAGUUAGAAGAAUAACAACGAAUACUUUUCUAUCCGAUGGUAUUUUCAUAAAGAUUUUCAGUAUCAUACUACUAUAAAAUACUUUCUCCGUUUCUAAAUGUAAAUAGUUUUAGCAAAAAAAGUUUGUUUCACAAUAUAACUAGUUUACAUAUUUCAAUGCAUUUUUUUCAUUUAUUGGAUAUUGUGUGACCAAUAAAAUAAUGUUAUGUUUUUAAUAAUUGGUUGAAUUAAUUGGUUAAAUGAUAUAUUUUUUUAAAUAACAAUUUUCUAAAUAUUCGUGUUUUUAAGCAAAAAUAUUUACAAUUAAAAAUGGAGGGAAUAAGAGGUGAUUAGACGUAUGAAAUCACAUCUAUUUAAAAUAGUGUCAUAGAGGUGAUUAGAGGGUUGUUGAUCCGAAGUGGCUCUCCAGUUGUGUGGGAAACGGGAACGGUAUCUCAAACUUGGAUACAUAACUCCGUAAUGAAACCGGACGCUCUUAAAGUUAUACAGUUUGUGAACAUAAAAUUCCAAAAGAUGUGAAAGACGGUGAAAUCUUUGCAUGUGCAGUGCUUUGGAUCUUGAAUAUUCUGUUCAUCUUUUUUUUUUUCUAUAACUUUAGUUUUACAAAGCAUACACUCACAUAGAGUUUUUUUUUUUUUUUUUGGUAAAAAACACUAACAUAUAUAGUGCCUUUUACACGCACAUAGAGUUGUCGACGAAUAGUAUAUAAAACUUGGGAGUCAUAAAAAUGUUGGGAUGAUCAUGACAGACAUUGAAUCUGCACAAUCUUCCUUAGAAAAUACAAACAUGAUUUUUUGAGCAAACCUAAAUAAAUCCUCACAUUUUCUCGUUUUACAACAACUCGGGAAUUGCUUAGUUUUACUUUUAUCACACUAUGAAAUACGUAGCAAUUGUAUAAACCACAAAUAAUAACAUUAAUAAUAAUCACCUUUCAUUAGUACAUAACCUUAACCUUUCUUCACAUACUCUGAUCACCAUUUUUCCACACUCAAUUAGUUUUCCAAGAUGGAGAACAAGCGAUCAUACUACGCCAUAUUGAUUCCAACUCUCUGGACCGUAUGGCUAGCAUGCGUAGGGCAAUCUUGUGCUCGUCACCCUAAGGUAAAACCUCCCAUGCCCGGACCACCACGGUGUCCCAACUGCGGACCCAUGGUUGUACCUUACCCGCUUAGCACGGGUCCAAACUGUGGUGACCAAGCCUACAAGAUAAAUUGUGUUGGGGGUAAGCUCUAUUUCGGUGCUCUUCAUGGGUCAUCUUAUCUCAUCACGUCUAUCAACCCGGUGACACAACGGAUAAUCAUACACCCGCCUGGUUUUGCUAGCUCUGGGUCUUGUCUCUCGGCCGAUGUCUCUAAAGCUGGUCUAGAGCUCGACCCACAUCUUCCUUUUAGCAUCACUAAUAGCAACACUAUCUUGCUGCUUGGUUGCCCUGAAGCUAUGCUGCAGGCGCCAAUAGAUUGUACCGGAACCAGCUUAUGCCACAGUUACAUCAAGAGCAAUGUAUCAGCUUGUUCCAAGGCUCCCUUUUGUUGCACCUUCAGAACCGACGGGUCUCAAAACGCUUACACGAUCAGGAUCAAUGGUGGAGGAUGUCUCGCGUACCAGAGCUUUGUGGGGUUGAAUCCAAACAAAGAGGUUCCACCUCCUGGUAAAAAAUGGCCAGACCCAGGGUUAGAGUUGCAAUGGACACUGCCUAAGGAACCGGUCUGCAAAACGGAUGUAGAUUGUAGCCUCUUGUUGGGUACUAAAUCAAAGUGCUUGCCUGACACUACGAGUCUCGGCCUGAAACGAUGCUUCUGCAAAAAGGGUUUGGAAUGGGAUCCGGUCAGCUCAACAUGUGGUAAAUGUCGCCAUGGGAAACUAUGCAAGAAAAAGAAGAAGAGCACCGUUGUUUUCGCAGGUGCGGCGGUUGCGGUUGUGGUGGUUACACUGGCGAUUGCGGUAGCGGUUCUUGCAAACAAACAUAGCCACAAAAGAGUUAAAAAAGAGAUCCAUAAGAACAUAGUGAAGGAGCGACAAGAGAUGCUCAGCGCAAAAUCCACAGGAAAAUCAUCAAGAAUCUUCACAGGCAGAGAAAUCACAAAAGCAACCAACAACUUCUCAAAGGAAAAUCUCAUAGGCACCGGAGGUUUCGGCGAAGUGUUUAAAGCUGUUCUUGACGACGGAACCAUAACAGCCAUCAAACGAGCAAAGCUUAACAACACCAAAGGCACUGAUCAAAUCCUAAACGAGGUUCGGAUUCUCUGCCAAGUCAAUCACAGAAGCUUAGUCAGGCUCCUUGGUUGCUGCGUCGACCUCGAGCUGCCUCUCUUGAUCUACGAGUUCAUUCCCAACGGAACUCUAUUCGAACAUCUCCAUGGCAGUUCAGACUGCAGCUGGAAACCCCUGUCUUGGCGACGAAGACUGCAGAUCGCGUAUCAAACCGCUGAAGGCUUAGCUUAUCUUCAUUCCUCAGCAAUGCCACCCAUCUACCACCGCGAUGUGAAGUCAAGCAACAUCUUGCUCGACGACAAGCUAAACGCCAAGGUUUCAGACUUUGGCCUCUCGAGGCUGGUGGAUUUGACAGAAACAGCUAACAACGAGAGCCAUAUCUUCACUGGCGCUCAAGGUACACUAGGCUAUGUCGAUCCGGAGUACUACAGGAACUUCCAGCUAACUGAUAAGAGCGAUGUGUACAGCUUCGGGGUCGUGCUUCUGGAGAUGGUUACAUCGAAGAAGGCGAUAGAUUUCAGUAGACAAGAGGAAGAUGUGAACCUGGUGAUGUAUAUGAACAAGAUGAUGGACGAAGAGAGGUUGAUCGAAUGCAUUGAUCCGGUGCUGAAGAAGACGGCUAGCAAGGUUGACCUGCAGACGAUGCAACAGCUCGGGAAUUUAGCAUCCGCGUGCCUUAACGAGAGGAGACAGAACCGGCCUUCGAUGAAAGAGGUGGCUGAUGAGAUCGAGUACAUCAUCAAUGUUCUGUCACAAGAGGUUACUGAGACACAGUUGUCUUAGGCACUCACCAAAAAAUGAACCUGUAUUCUUCUUUCCCUGUUUCCAGGUUAUGAAUUAGAUAAAGAAGAAAAGAGAAAGAAGAAAUGUAUUUUUUUUUUUUUUUUUGAAUUAAGGAGAUGAGUUUUGAAAAA